AUGAUGACGCCCAUGCGUUAUAUCUUGCUUUUCUUGGGUACUAUUAUUUCAAUUCACUACAUUCUGAGCUUCACGCAUGAAGAAUACGGAAAAGCAACAUCCAUCUCAAAUAUAGCAGAGCAAUGGACCGGUUCGAAGUCAGACCCUCCCUACAAAACACCCGUGCCGGAUGGGUACUACAAGCCUGAUGCACCCAUGGACUUGCAAGACCGCAAAGCGAACGCCUCAUUCGUCAUGCUUGUACGGAACUCUGACCUUAUAGGAAUCAUGAGCAGUAUGAAGCAAAUCGAGGAUAGGUUCAACAGGAAGUUCCAGUAUCCUUAUGUCUUCCUCAACGAUGAGCCCUUUACGCAGAGCUUCAAGGAUCACAUACUGGCCCUGACCAAUACCAAAGUCGAAUUCGGUGUCAUCCCGCCCGACCAUUGGCACCAACCAUCGUGGGUUGAUGAAGACCGAGCAAGCAAAUCUCGUGAUGACAUGGUUAGGGAUAAUGUGAUUUACGGAGGUACAUACCGGAAUAUGUGUCGUUUUAACUCUGGUUUCUUCUACCGACAUGAACUCUUACAACAGUACCGAUACUAUUGGAGAGUCGAGCCAGACAUCAAGCUUUUCUGCGACGUGGACUAUGAUCCCUUUCUCGUGAUGCAAGACCAAAAUAAGGUGUAUGCAGGCUUCACCAUAUCACUAUACGAAUACCAAGCUACUAUCCCAACACUAUGGAAUGCUGUAAAAUCUUUUAUUAAUGCUAAUCCUGACCUCGUGGCUCCCGGCAACGCCAUGGGAUUUCUCUCUGACGACGCAGGAGAGUCCUACAAUCUGUGUCACUUCUGGAGCAACUUUGAGAUCGCGGAUCUUGACUUCUGGCGAGGCGAGGCAUAUUCCAAAUUCUUCGAAUACCUUGAUGAGCAGGGUGGAUUCUAUUACGAGCGUUGGGGAGAUGCACCAGUCCAUAGCAUCGGAGCCGCCCUGUUCGCGAAGAAGGAGCAAAUUCACUUCUUCAAUGACAUCGGGUAUCGACAUGAGCCCUUCCAGCACUGUCCACAGGGAGAUUUGCACGCAAAAGGAAAAUGUUGGUGCGACCCUAAUCAAAAUUUCGACUAUGAGUGGUAUUCAUGCCUGAACCGAUACGAUAAGAUAUUCUCGUAGACCGAGACAUCAGUGCCGUCAUAGCGUAUGUUCUUAGCAGUGGACGACGUGUUCCUACGACACUAUAGAUACCGCACUUCACGAUCUGUAUACUCAGGCAUAUUUACGAUGGGCCGUAUUGCACCUAGUCAAAGUUGCGGUGUUCGACUGAGGCUACAGAAUGUAUUGCGAGUAAUAUCGGUACUGCAAGAUAUGAACUUGGAAUGCACAACUGCCCCGGUCGCUAGUCACGG